GCACGCGCAUAGCUGGGAAGGCGCGUAACCGCAAGUCAGUGAACCAGCGGCUGCGACUCGAUUAGGCGGCACGGGGGUCACUGGGCAGCGCACGUUUAGCGAAGGGAUUUAUAUAAAAACACCGAGUGGCGUCCGAAGACGAACCACAAACUGAACAGAAAGAAACAAAGAAGGAAAAACAGAGACACGGCAGUACGGGACCAUGACUGACGGAGCUGAAAUGUUCCACAGAGCUACAGGACGUAGCUUUAAAGGCUUCAGCGCAGAGGAAGAAGGGGAAUGGAAGGGCCCUUUUUACUUUGUGCAAGCUGCAGACCCCCAGCUUGGCCUCAUGAAAGCCUGGGCCAUUGGAGACACGGAUAAUGGUGGUGACGAGUGGGAACAGGAAGUGCUUCUGACAGAGAAGGCCAUUCAAGCUGUCAACAGACUAACACCUUUGCCCCGGUUCAUGGCGAUCUGCGGAGACCUCAUACACGCCAUGCCAGGUACACAGUGGAGGGAGGCACAGGAGAGGGACCUGAAAAAUGUCCUGCAGAAAGUGAACCCUGCUAUCCCCCUCGUGUUUGUCAGUGGAAACCAUGACCUCGGCAACACUCCCAGUGCACAGACUGUGACAGAUUACUGUCGUUCCUGGGGCGAUGACUACUUCAGCUUCUGGGUCGGGGGCGUCCUGUUCCUGGUGCUCAACUCGCAGCUUUUCUUUGACUCCUCAGCCUGCCCUGAGCUGCAGCAGGAGCAUGAUGCAUGGCUCUCGCAACAACUAGAGGAAGCCUCCCAGCGAAAGUGCCGUCACGUCGUCGUCUUUCAGCACAUCCCGCUUUUUGUGAACUCUUUUGAGGAAGAACACGACUACUUCAACCUAAAGAGACGUGUGCGCCAGGAGCUUCUGGGCAAAUUCAGAAAAGCAGGCGUCAAGGCGGUCUUCUCAGGCCACUGUCACCGUAACGCUGGAGGCGUCCAUGAUGGAGUGGAUAUGGUGGUGACUUCAGCGGUGGGCCAGCAGCUGGGAGACGACACCCAUGGGCUGAGGAUUGUGGUUGUGACGGAGGAGAAGGUCGCCCACCAGUACUACAGUCUGGACGAGCUGCGUGACGGUGGCAUGGGGUCCGAGAUGCGAGAGCUGCUGGGGGCCACCCUGUCCUGAGUGGACCACCAGGGAGACGUCAUUCCAAAAUAAAGGCAGCCAUUGUUCUGUAUUUGGUUGGUCUUCUGUUGGCGCACUCACUGCACGUUUCAGUUCUGUUUGGGUGCCAUUUGAGGAAAGAAAUGAAGAAAUUCAAAAACUAAUCAAUUAAAAUG